UUUUUUAAUCAACUAGUACCGUUCUUUUAAAAUUCAGAUUUGGCAACACUAAUUGACUCAUACAUGGCGUGUGACAUCCACAUGGUUUCGGAAGAAGAGAUAAAUAAACAGAUUAAAGAAAAAGAUUAUGUUAUAGUAAAGAAAGAAAAUUAUUCCAGAUUAAUUCAAAUUGCUAAACGCAAGCCAGUAUAUGUAGGAAAACAGAAACUUUAUUUGGAUGGAGUUAUUGGUCAUCCAUAUAAUUCAACAUUUGAAAUCAGAGGUGGUGAUUUGAUAAAAAGUGAACAGAAGUCCAAGUCAGAAUUUUUAACACUUGAAGAUAAUGAAUUACGUGAUAACCGAAAUCUUAUAGAUGAUCAAACAUCGCAAAAACUAACAAAAGAUGAAAUUGAAACAUUCAAAGCAGAAGGCUUAUCAGGAGAAAAAAUAAUAGAAAAUCUCAUUGAAAAUAGUUCUACAUUUAAAGAAAAAACCCAUUAUGCUCAAGCCAAAUAUUUGAAAAAAAAGCAACAAAAAUAUUUAAAUUAUGUUAAAAUUCUUAAACCAACAACCCGUUUGUUAGCAGAAAUGUAUUACGAACAAGGACCAAUGAAAAUUUGUAAUCUUAGAAUUGACUCACUAUCACAAAUGUUGAAUAUGUGCAAUGUCAGGCAUGGAGGAAAAUAUAUUGUUGUAGAUUCAGUAUUUGGAUUAAUGGUAGCAGCAGUUCUUGAAAGACUUGGAUCAGAAGGCAGUAUUAUUCAGUUAUAUCUUGAACCUGGUCCAGUUAGUUCAUACAGACAAGCAGUUAAUGCUCUUAAUAUUCCAUCUGAAAUACUUGAGAAACUGUUAUUUGGUUUACGUUUAAAUGAAGCUAUGAAUGAGAAUUUGAAUCCAGUAGAAUGGAUUGAAACAGAAGUCAAGGAAAGUUGUGAGAAAAAUACUAAUAUUCCAAUGGAAGAUAACAGAACAGAAUCGUUUGAAAAAGAAUAUUUAAUAAAGGAAAAAGAAAAAAUGAUAAGGAGAAACAAAAGACAAGAAGAACAAAAGAAAGCUAAAGCAAUAUUAAAGGAAAAUAAAAUGGAUGGUCUCUUAAUAGCAUGCAAACAUCAUCCUAAAAAUAUGCUAUUGAAAUUACUGGAAUUUCUUUCUCCUUCAAGUCCAUUUGCAGUAUUUUGUAAUUAUCAAACUCCAUUAGUUGAGUGCUAUAGUGAAUUGAAAGAAAAAGGAAAUGCAAUAUUAAUGAAUCUUACUGAAAGUUGGUUAAGGAAUUAUCAGGUUCUUCCAGAAAGAACUCAUCCUGAUGUUUCUAUUAGCGGAAGUGGUGGUUAUCUGUUAACUGGAAUUAAAAUUAUUCCUACAACAUAAAUGAAUUUUGUUAAGUCUGUUGCCUAUUUUAUAAAUCAUUGUUUAUAGGAAGAUAAAUUGUCUACAGUUUAUAAUUAAAACUGUAUAUUUUUAAAAUUUUUUCUUCUUGGAUUAUUUCAUGCAAUAAUUUCAACAAAAGAAAAAAACUU